AUGAGUUCACAUGCCAGUUUGUUGCCUGGGAUGCGGUGUAUGUGUUAUCACCCACAACAUGCGUGGGUUCCAGGGACUAUUGACUCAUUUGAUGGAAAACAUGUCUCUGUGAGUACCAUUACACCUGCAAAGGAACAGGUAUCGAAACUUCUCCCGGAUGAUGUUUUUGUAUGUGAUGAACAUGCAAUGCAAGAGGAUGUGAAUGAUCUACUCAAUCUCGCCGUAUUACACGAUGGAACAUUAUUGAAUUGUCUUCGGAUUAGAUACUUUCGUGAUGUAGUAUACACUAAUAUUGGCGCUAUUGUAGUGGCACUUAAUCCAUUUAACUUUAAGAUUCCAUGGUAUAUGGAUGAUAAGAUGCCAGAUUACCUUGCAGAAGGUGAAACUAUUCAACAUAAUCUUCCUCACUCUUGGGCAGUGGCUCAUACUACUUUUUAUGAAAUGCGAAGAGAUGGUGAGAAUCAAUGUAUUCUCGUAUCUGGAGAAUCUGGUGCAGGUAAAACAGAGGCGGCAAAAAUUGUGAUGAAAUAUCUUGCCGCUGUAAGUGCAUUACAAUGUUCAGAAGAAGAAAAAAAAGCAGGAGCCUUUGUUGGUUUGCGUAUGAUGCAAUCUAACCCUAUUCUAGAGGCUUUUGGUAAUGCUAAAACUGUACGAAAUGAUAAUAGUUCUCGUUUUGGUAAACUUAUGCGCAUUAAAUUUGAUCGUAAAGGAAUGCUCUCUGGUGCAGAUAUUACAAAAUAUUUACUUGAAAAAUCGCGUAUAAUUACAUCCGCAUUGGAUGAACGUGUAUAUCACGCUUUUUAUCUUGUACUUAAAGGUUGUGAUAGAGAAUAUUAUGGACUUCAAGAUCUUUCACAAUAUCGUAGUGUUAUGUCUGGUAAAUCUCCUGAUAUUGAUGAUGUGGAUGAUGCAGCAGAAUAUAAUGAUGUAACUAAAGCAAUGGAAAUUUGUGGUAUGAAUAGGAAAGAAAUAGAAUCUGUUUGGCGUAGUGUUGGAGCUGUUCUUUCACUAUUAAAUGUUGAUUUUAUCCCUAGCAGUACGGAUUCCUCUUCUAUUGAUUCUGAAACAGAACACUAUAUUACAGAAGCUUGUCGUUUACUUGAAAUUUCUGAAGAUGAACUUAAAAAAGAGUUUACGACUACCACAUUAAACUUAAGGGAAGGUCCAGUCGUUACUACACUAACAAAAGCUAAAGCAAUUGAUGCCAGAGAUUCUUUUUGUAAAGCUCUCUAUGAUAAUUUAUUUGGUUACCUUGUGACUACUAUUAAUAAAACUAUUAAUACAGAUGACUGUUUGACGUGGGUGGCAUUAUUGGAUAUUUUUGGUUUUGAAGAUUUUAAAGUAAACUCUUUUGAACAACUCUGUAUCAAUCUUACUAAUGAAACACUUCAAAGACAUUAUAAUUACUAUAUAUUUACAAAAGAUAUGGAUGAAUGUCGUGAAGAAGGAAUUGAUGUAACAGAGAUUAUUUUCCCUGAUAACAGUGAAUGUGUGGAUAUGAUAGCUGCUAAAGGUGGAAUUCUCGCUGUGUUAGAUGAAGAUUGUCUUUUAGCAAAGGCAACGGAUGUAAGCUUUCUUGAAAAAAUAUCUGAUCGUUUUGCUGGUAAAUCACCAUUUUUUGAACGUCCACGUCUUUCUAAAGCUCCAUGUUUUCGUAUUAAACAUUACGCUGGGACUGUUACAUAUGUUGUUGAUGGAUUUAUUGAAAAAAAUCGUGAUACCUUGAAAGAUGCUUUCAAAAUAUUAUUAAAUAACAGUAAAGAUAAUGUUAUAAAGACAUUACUUCCUAUGCCUGAUCCUGAUAAUAAGUCUCGGUAUACAGUUGGUGGUUUCUUUCGGAGUCAGUUAAAAGAUUUGAUGGAACUUAUUCAAGGUACAAAUCCACAUUGGAUUCGUUGUAUAAAACCACAUCCAGCCAAGAAACCAUUACAUUUUGACGGUGUACAAACUCUUACUCAACUACGUAGUAGUGGUGUACUUGGAACGGUACAAAUCCGAAAAGCAGGAUAUCCUAUUCGGAUUUUUAUUCCUGAUUUUGUUAAAAAAUACAAAAUUAUAGUACGUUCUGAGACGUUAGAUUUUAGUGAUGCCGUGAGUGUUUCAAAGGCUAUACUUAAGGCGCUUGGAUUUGAUUACCGUAAGGCACAAAUGGGUAAGACACGUGUAUUUCUAAAGUCUGAGGCUUACCAACAUCUUGAGGUGGUAAAGAAACAGAAGCUGCAGGUAUUUGCGAGGGUAGCGGUGUGUGGAGCCCUUGUUUCCAUUUCUCGAAUGCGUACUGCAGCAUUCCUCCGUCAUCGCUCUGUGGAGGUUGUGCAGUCCUUCCUGGCGAGUCUUCGCAGCCAGCAUGUGUACCGCGAGAAGGACUACCUCCUGCGGAAGGACAUCAUUAUCGCCAACGUCACGGCCCUCCUCGCACUGCAGCAGCGGGAGGCGGCGGAGCGGGCGGCGCUGGUGGAGGAACGCACGGCCUUCUGCGAUGAUCUCACGGCCCGACGGGAGCGGCUGGCGGAGGACCUCCACGCGGCGUGGCUGGCGGCGGCCCCGGCGCGGGCGGCUCGGGCGGUUGAGGCGUUUUUCGCGGAGGAGCGGGCGGCCCGCGAGGCGAUCACCGCCGCGGAGAAAACCGCCGCCGCCGCUCUUCACGCCGCGUUGGACGCCGACCGCCGGGCCGCCGUGGCGCUCGUGGAGGCCCGACAGGCGGCGGAGAGGGAGGCGCGGCGGGCGGAGUUGCGGGCGGCGGCGGUGGCCGCGUGGGACGAGCGGCGGGCAGCGGCAAUGCGCCACGUGGAGGUCCGCGAAGAGGCACGACGGCGGGCGCGAGAGUCACUGCGGGAGGCCAUUGAAAAUAAUAACGACGCCCUCGCACUGCGACGUCACGAGCGGCGGCGGCAGGCACGCGAACGGGCGGCGUAUCCAACACCGCAGUUCCGCAGUUGCGGUGUCGAUGCGCUGCGGGAUCCGGUGAUCGGUCCAGGUGGACUACAGGGCACACUUACAUCUCCUACACAUCCUGCCUAUGAAUCCCGAGAAAGGGAACCUUUUAUUAACUAUUCCGCAAUUAAUAUCACAAGUCCUGAAAACCGUGGAAGGAAUAGUGGUAGUUACGGUAGUAUUAACCGUAGUGACGGUAUUCCGCAAGAAUGUUCACCAUCUCCUAAUGGGAGGAGUCGUUCCCGGCAUCAUGGUUUUGGUGACACUGCGAUUGCCAUCUACAGUGAUCCACUUCGAGAAAAGGAACGUCUGGGAAAGGAACGUAUUGAGCCGGACCGUAAUUGUUCUCUGGAGAUUGUGCGUCGUCUCCGUUCUCUCCAGACGUUACGUGAUAGUAGUUUUAUUUGUUCAUCAAAGUCCCGAGAAAUGAAAGAUCCGUUUAACCCACACAGUGAUAAUUGGGUGGUGCCACCAAAUGGUGUUUUAAUGUUUCCAGACGGUUUCUCCUGUAAUAUUGAAGAUGUUGCCUCUGGUAAAUUACUCUCUGGUGGGGAUGGACGUAAUAGUAGUAGUAGUGAAGCGAUGGAUAAACGGAACACAUCCUAUUACAUUAUGGAUUUUGAAAAGUAA